UUGACGACAACUCCUUACUUUCCUUACUCUUGCACUUCUUCACUACAUUCAUGUCAGCCCUUAAGCAUGCCGUCCAAAUGCUGGACGACCGCCGUGUGCGGAACGUCAACCCUCUCAUCCCACCCCAGAUUCUUAUGGAAGACUACCCAUUAACUCUCUUAGCCGCGCAUACGGUACUUGAGGGACGCCAGGCGGUGGAGGCCAUCUUGCGCGGGGACGACGAUCGGUUGGUCAUAGUUGUAGGACCAUGUUCGGUGCACGACCCCGAAGCGGCGCUACAGUACGCAAGGUUGCUCAAGGCGUAUGCGGAUCAGGCGUCGGAUGACCUGCUCAUCUGCAUGCGGGUGUACUUCGAGAAACCAAGAACAACCGUAGGCUGGAAGGGUCUUAUCAACGACCCCAAUAUGAACGGAACCUUCCACAUCAACAAGGGGUUGCGGCUUGCUCGCUCGCUUCUCCUCGACAUUGCCAAGAUGGGUCUGCCCGCCGGCUGCGAGUUCCUCGACACUAUCUCGCCGCAAUACACCGCCGAUCUUGUGACGUGGGGUGCAAUUGGCGCACGCACCACUGAGUCCCAGGUACACCGGGAGCUCACGAGUGCGCUCAGUAUGCCUGUGGGAUUCAAAAAUGGAACAGAUGGCGGGGUGGAGAUUGCUAUUGAUGCCUGCAGAGCAAGUGCGAGCAAUCACACCUUCUUGUCCGUGACGAAGCAUGGGCUCAGCGCCAUUGUCGAGACAGAGGGAAAUCCGGAUACACAUAUCAUCUUGAGGGGAGGCAAGAGCGGGCCGAAUUACUUCGAAGAAAACGUCAAGGCAGUUGCAGCAAAAAUGGCAAAGGCAGGGCUUCCACAAAGGAUUAUGAUCGACUGCUCGCACGGUAACUCUUCCAAACAACACCAAAAGCAGCUGGAAGUCGGUGCAGAAGUCGCCCGUCAACUCGCCGAGUCCGACACCGCACGCAGUAUCAUUGGUGUGAUGAUCGAGUCUAACCUCGUCGAAGGACGGCAGGACAUCCCCCCUGAAGGUCGGGCAGGACUCGCCUGGGGCCAGAGCGUAACGGACGCGUGUAUCUCCUGGGAGGCGACUGUCCCAUUGCUAGACCAACUCAGGAAAGGCGUGCAAGCUCGCAGGCAGAGGCUGGCGAGCAAACGCACCUCCAGCAUGAACGGGAAACUUGCAAGUCUGGCGACGCCGGCACCGCAUAGCCCUGUACGCAAUUUACCGAGUGGGAAAGAUGCGAACGGAUAUGCUUGAUCUUGUGUUGCCGAGGGAUUCAGCUUGCCGCGAGGCCAUCCUCAAAAGACUCAAUUGUAAACGGGUCGUUGAAUGUAAUAUGUAGGAAGGAAUAUUAUCGUGUCUGAUGG